CCCAGAAGCCCGUCAACCAGGAAGUGGUCCUCAGUUGAAGGCAUAAAGGUUGGGUAAGGGUUUUUCUAAAAUGAUGGAGGAGGAAGAAUUGGAAUUUGCUGAGGAUUUGGAUGCUAUUUUGCACCUCACACCAGAGGUGCAAUUGGCUAUUGAACAGGUGUUUCCCAGUCAAGACCCACUGGACAGAGCAGAUUUCAAUGCUGUGGAGUACAUCAAUACAUUGUUCCCCACUGAACAGUCGCUCGCUAAUAUUGACGAUGUGGUGAACAAGAUCCGCCUGAAGAUUCGGCGUCUGGAUGAUAGCAUUAGGACUGUGGUGAGAGGCCAGACCAAUGUGGGACAAGAUGGCAGACACGCACUGGAGGAGGCCCAGGUUGCCAUACAACAGCUAUUUGGUAAAAUCAAAGAUAUCAAGGACAAGGCAGAGAAGUCUGAGCAAAUGGUGAAGGAGAUAACGAGGGACAUCAAGCAGCUGGACCAUGCUAAGCGUCACCUGACCACCUCCAUCACCACCCUCAACCACUUACACAUGCUAGCCGGGGGCGUGGACUCCUUAGAGGCUAUGACAAGGAAGAGGCAAUAUGGAGAGGUUGCUAACCUGCUACAAGGAGUGGUCAAUGUUUUGGAACACUUCCAGAAAUACAUGGGCAUUCCACAGAUCAGACAGCUCUCAGAGAGAGUGAAGGCGGCCCAGAGUGAACUGGGGACUCAGAUCCUGGCAGAUUUUGAAGAGGCCUUCCCCGUUCAGGGGUCCAAGAGGACGGGGGGGCCCAGUAAUGUCCUCAGGGAUGCCUGCUUGGUGGCCAACGUCCUGGACCCUCGAAUUAAACAGGAGAUCAUCAAGAAGUUCAUCAGACAGCACCUCUCUGAGUAUCUGGUGCUGUUCCAGGAGAACCAGGACGUGGCAUGGCUGGAUAAGAUUGACCGGCGCUACGCCUGGAUCAAGCGUCAGCUGGUGGACUACGAGGACAAGUACGGACGUAUGUUCCCAGAGGAGUGGUAUAUGACGGAGCGCAUCGCUGUAGAGUUCUGCCACAUCACAAGGAUAGAGCUGGCCAAAGUGAUGCGAACGCGGGCCAAGGAGAUUGAGGUCAAGCUGCUUUUGUUUGCCAUCCAGAGGACAACAAACUUUGAGGGCCUGCUAGCCAAACGCUUCCCCGGCUGUACACUGACGGACGGACCUGGGCAGAAGAAGCCGGAGACCCCUCUGGAGUCAACCAACCCCUUCCUGGAGGACGAGGCGGGAGAGGAUGGGGGCUUGGAGAAGGAGGACGAUCUGGACAGGCCAAAGAAGCCCAAAGCACCGGAGAACCCUUUCCAUGGCAUCGUGUCGAAGUGCUUCGAACCUCAUCUCUACGUCUACAUAGAAUCUCAAGAUAAGAAUUUGGGUGAGCUGAUCGACCGCUUCGUGUCAGACUUCCGGGCGCAGGGCCCCCCCAAGGCGGGCACAGAGGAGGGCGGGGCGGUGCUGCCCAGCUGUGCCGACCUCUUUGUCUACUACAAGAAGUGCAUGGUGCAGUGUUCCCAGCUCAGCACCGGGGAGCCCAUGAUCGCCCUCACCACCAUCUUCCAGAAGUACCUCCGGGAAUAUGCCUGGAAGAUCCUCUCCGGCAACCUGCCCAAGACUAACAGUAGCAGUGUGGGGCUGACCAUCAGCAGCCUGCUGAAGGAGAAGGAGGGCUCAGAAGCCGCCAAGUUCACUGUGGAGGAGCUGUGUCUCAUCUGCAGCAUCCUCAGCACUGCUGAGUACUGCCUGGCAACCACGCAACAGUUGGAGGAGAAGCUCAAAGAGAAAGUGGAUAAGACCCUGGUGGAGAGAAUCAACCUGACUGGAGAGAUGGAUACCUUCAGCACUGUGAUCUCCAACAGUAUCCAGCUGCUGGUCCAGGACCUGGAUGCAGCGUGUGACCCUGCUCUCACCGCCAUGAGCAAGAUGCCGUGGCAGAGCGUGGAGCACGUGGGCGACCAGAGCCCUUACGUGACCUCGGUCAUCAUGCACAUCAAGCAGAACGUGCCCAUUGUUAGGGACAACCUGGCCUCAACGCGGAAAUACUUCACCCAGUUCUGCAUCAAGUUCACCAAUUCAUUCAUCCCCAAAUUCAUCAACCACCUGUUCAGGUGCAAGCCUAUAAGCAUGGUGGGGGCGGAACAGCUCCUCUUAGACACCCACUCUCUGAAGACGGUUCUGUUGGACCUGCCAUCCAUCGGCUCACAGGUGCUCCGCAAAGCCCCCGCCAGCUACACCAAGAUCGUGGUGAAGGGCAUGACCCGUGCCGAGAUGAUCCUCAAGGUGGUAAUGGCGCCACAUGAACCCCCAGUGGUGUUUGUGGAUAACUACAUCAAGCUGUUGGCUGACGGCAACCCUGAGACCUUCCAGAAAAUUCUGGACAUGAAGGGUCUGAAACGCAGUGAGCAGAGCAGCAUGCUGGAGCUGUUCAGACAGAGGCUGCCAACCCCUCCAUCUGGAGCUGAUGGGGGUCCCUCUCUUUCCUUCAGCGCCCCUACCCCUGAGCAGGAGUCCUCCCGCAUCCGCAGGCUGGAGAAGCUCAUUAAGAAGAGACUGUGAAACACACACAUGCACAUGCAGUCAACCUCAAAAGGAGAAGAACUGGGCUUCUCACUUUCCUCUACAAAUCCUCUGAUCACACAUACAUACAAACAGUUUCUCAUGACAUAGGCUCCCUGUUUAGUGAUUAUGGAACAUUGUGGGUAAAGCAGAGAGACUAAUAUAUAGCUUUUUUUAUUAGCAUUAAUAUGACCUGUACAAUUUCAAUGUCAAAUUAUGCUGUUGGCACAUAUGAGAAAUUUACUUCUCGUUAAGUUUUUUUGUUUGUUUUUUGGUUCUUCUUUAACGACACUAAUACCUAAGCUUUGUGUUGUCGUUAAAUGUACAGUACAUCAUACACUAUACAAAGCUGAAAAUGUGUUUGCACUUAGAUUAAAUCAGGAGCUACCAACUAACUCAAAACUGCUUGAGGCAACAUGCUGCCACUCUGGCAACUAUCCAUACCUGACUGAAAAAAGUUGAAAUAUUUGAAUGUUCAAGCGUGUUGUCUGUGUAGAUUGAUAAAUUGCUAUUAGUUUGCUCUAUGAAGUAAUGGAGGCAGUUUCUAGGGUGAGUCUAUUUCAGAUGUCUAGUGUUUCAGUUUGGGUAGAGACAUUUAUUGGGUUUUGAUGUUACAAUGGUGUCCCAUCAUGCAUUGCUGCCUGGUCUCCAGGUUUAGUGAUUAAGCCCUCAGUUCUGGAACUGGGAGGAUCUUGAGAUUUCCUGUCUCUUCAAUCAGACACCGGGCAGUUUCUUUGGGGCUUUUAAACUCCCCCAAUGUUAUUUGGGAAAUUAAAACCAGUCCAUGCCUUAAAAAGCAGCCUUUGGCCAG